CCACCAGCCCCCUACCCCCCUUCCCAGCUCCACUGCCAGUCAGCUCGGCACAGCCUCUGGCCACGUCUCAAAACACCGCUUUGUACACAACCGGACAGUGGAAGUAGUCGAGCAGCUGCUGGCCGGGGCCAGAGGGGAGGAGACGAGGGGACCGCAGGGUGCUGGGACUCUGCGCACCGGCUCUGUCGACAGGCGGCACGGCCGAAAACUAAGCUUUAAGCUUUCUCAUUUACCCUCAGCACUGUCUUAGGAAGAGGCAAAGCACAGCUCCACAGAGGACGAGAAAGAGGAAGAUCCACAUCAAGCUCCUGAGAUUAACAGUGAUCCGCAGCCAUCAUGCUUCGCUGCAGAGUGAACCUCAGCACCAUGAUUUUCCUGGUGAUCCUACAAGGGGCAGCAGUGGUGCUGUUUUGUGGCUGGUAUGUCCAGCUUAGUCCCUGUGGCUCUGCUCCCUCCAAUGGCAAAGUACACGUUCUGCUGCUUUCAUCCUGGAGAUCAGGCUCAUCCUUCCUGGGUCAGGUGUUUAGUCAGCAUCCAUCAGUCUUCUACCUCAUGGAGCCCGCGUGGCAUGUGUGGACCAAAAUGCAGAAACCCGGUGCACGGGUGCUCCGAAUGGCGGUUAGGGAUCUGUUGCGGAGUGUCUACCAGUGUGACUUUUCUGCGAUGGAGCCCUACCUUCCAGAGCAACACAAUGUGUCUUCAUUGUUUAUGUGGAGUCACAGCCGGGCACUUUGCUCACCGCCGGCCUGUCCUCUCACGCCUCGCAACCAGUUCAGCAACCAGACUCUGUGUUACCAGACAUGUGAUGCAACAGGCCUGCAUAAGGUGGAGGAGGCAUGUGGCACUUACAGUCAUGUGGUGUUAAAAGAAGUGCGAUUUUUUGAGCUUGAAUCCCUAUACCCACUCUUGCAGGAUCCAAACCUAGAUCUCCGCAUCAUCCACCUGGUUCGUGACCCUCGGGCUGUUGUGCGAUCUAGAGAGCAGUCAGCCAAAGCCUUCAUGACUGAUAAUGCCAUCGUCUUGGAGCAAAAAAGCAUUUCAGCAGCCGAGGUGCAGUAUCAAGUUAUGCAAGAGAUCUGCCGUAGUCAUGUGCGGAUCAAUGAGAGGGCCAUCCUGAAACCCCCUCCAUUUCUCAAAGGUCGCUACAAAAUGGUCCGCUAUGAGGAUGUGGCGCGUAACCCACUUGGGGAGAUAAAUGGGAUGUAUGAGUUUGUAGGUCUGGAGAUGACCACGCAGUUGGCAGAAUGGAUCUACAGGGUGACCCAUGGAAAAGGCAAAGGCUCCAGGAAAGAGGCCUUUAAAAUCACUUCUCGAAAUGCUGCUGAUGUCUCUCAGGCUUGGCGUAGCACGCUUCCCCAUAACAAGGUCAAACGUAUCCAGGAAGUGUGUAAAGGGGCCAUGUCAUUGCUCGGGUACAGGACUGUUAACAGUGAAAAAGAACAGAAGAGACUUGACAUAGAUCUGCUAGUACCACAGGAACCAUAUCAGUUCAGCUGGUUGCCAGCUAAAACCAACCAACCAAGUAAUAGUUAAAGCAUGAGUGAUAAAGACAUUAAUACCAAGAGACUACAUUGGACUUGGUCAGGGCCUAUAUUCUUGAUAGGCUCUAAUAGUUGUUUAAGUUUUGUUUUUGUUUUUUUUCAUUUUAUGAUUAUCUUUAGUUAAUUUCAUGCUUUCCAGCUUGAGGUUUUGCUUUCAAUGUCUUACAAACAACUAAAGUAAUAACACCUUGGAGUAUAAGAUAGUAUAUACUAUCCUGGAUGGUGUGAGGCGAACUUGAAACAUUAAUACAUGCAGAAGUUAUUAGUCACAAGAUACAGACACAUGUACAUUUAUUUCACAUUUAUGUCACAUACGCCUACAUCCCAACCCUGACAUGACACACACAUCCUAAUUGUCAUCACUUGUUGGGACAAACAAAGACUUCAAUUCAAUUCCUGGAGCCUUACCCUAACCAUAACCACUACUUAUCUAACCUUAACCCUUACCUUACCUGAACCUAACACAACCACACAAAUUCAGAGAAACAAGACCACGAGCACACACACACUAAUCAUGUGUCCUCUGUUGUCCAGUGGAGGCCUGACUUUCCCUCUGAGGUAGUUAGUUUUUAAUAAGGCUUCCAUACCUCAUAGAAAUGCUUCUUUGUAGUGUCAUCUUAAGAAUAUGUCUUUUAUCAAUCUUUCUAAAUCCAUCAAGUGUUUUAAACUUUAAAAAUGAAUAGCUGUGAAUUAAAUUUUUGUUUCAAAUGAAAUCUAUUCUUAGAUUUCAUUAUUGACUCUGUUUACUUUGGUACAGAAAAGAAAAAAAUGUUGUCAUGAGAGUCACACUUCACACACAGAUAAUAGGUGUCUGGGUACUUAGGAAUGUUAUUGUUGUCAUCAAUUUGUAUUGUAUUAACUGUAGAUCUUAAUUUGUGGCAGUUGUUUGUGAGAUAAGUAUUUCUUUUUGAGUUGGCUUUAAAAUGGAGACUUUAAAAUUCAUUCCAUGUAUCAAACAACUUUUGAAAUUAGCAAUGUUCCAAUUGUUCCUGUAGCAUGUUGCUUUGUCAGUUAAUUUAUUCUUUUAUUUUUUUCUAGUGUAAAUUACAUUUUAAUUUUAUAUUGUACAUGUUUGAUUCCCCUUGUACAAUAAGUGCCUUCUAUGAGCUACACAGUUGAGGUUAUACUGAUUGAUUAUUCAAAACCUGUGAUUCCUUAGGGAUACUAAAUUGCACUCCUAAUAUUUUCUUACAUUUUAUUAUGUGAUUGAAAUGUGCUAUUUAUAACGAAGUUAGUUACUUUUAUAUUUUGUUUUGUAAUCAGAGGUGUAAAUAGGUUAGGAGGCUUUCAAUUCUUGCUUUCAAUAUUUAUCUACAGUUCUUAAGCUGUGUUAUGUAUUAUACAAUCUAUAUAAAACAUCAGUGGGCCAUAAUAAUAAUACAUCUCUAAAUUUAGAAAUCUGAGACCUACGUCUCUUCUUGCAUUUCGCAGAAAAGUUCUGCUAAACUGUGCAUUAACUAGACAAGACAAGAGAAGUGAGUAAAGCAUUGAGUUGCAUACUGAAUGACUUUGGAGGAACUACAGUUUGAGAUUUGUACAUAAUAAGACAUGUACAUAUCAUAAACUUAUCCUUCCGAAUUGCAUUUAUGGGCAAUUUUAACCAUUUGUGUACUUUUAGGUUCACUCACUUAAGAAAGAAAGUUAUCCUUGUAUAAUUGUGUCUUUUCAUAGCUAAUAUCACAACCUAGGUACCUUAUUGUUUUUCAUCUGAAUAUGUUCAGUCUUCCGCGAUUCGUCCUUUAUUGAUUUUCAUCAAUUCACUUUUUGAGAAACCCUCCAUUGCCUCCAUUGCCUUUGGAAGAGAUGUUUUAGUGUUAGUUAAAUAUAACAUGAAAUCAUCAGCAAAUAAACUCUUAUUUUCUUAAUCACAUUUAUGCUGCUUACUUCCUCUGUCCAAUUUUCUGAGCCAAAGGUUGGAUUGCAUACACAGGAGGGAGUUAACUGGCAACUAUCUCAGAUCCAUAAACCAGUACUGUUGGAGACUUAUCAGUUGUCUGCUUUAUGGUUGUUAUUUCAUCCAGAAUUUCAAACCGUUACAUUUUAUAUAAUAUAGCGCAAUUUAUAAAGAUUCUCUGGUUUUGCUUCAUUAGUAUUAAUGAGGUGAUAACAGCUUGUAACAUUUGUUUUGAGACUUCUAUUUUGUAAAAUGCCCGUUUUCAUGGUAGCAAACUUAAUCUGGGAGUAUCUUGACUAUUCUAUUAUUGAGGACUUUGGUAAUAGCUUUAUUGUCAUUACUACUUACAUAAGUCCGUACUCUGCUGUCCUGGUUUUUGUAUCACACUGAUUAUUGCCUGGUACAUUGUUUGUGGGAGACUAUGGUGCCUCCAUGCAAUAUUAGUAACGUUUAAAAGUAAAUUAAUAGUCUGUGUCCUACAUAUAGAAUAAAAUUAUUUUGGUAAACUAU